AUGGGCGGGUUGCCGCUGCCACUCCGCAGGGCUGCCCAAACGUCCCGCAAACUGCCCAAUGAUAGCGCAGUUCGCCCAUCAAUUACAUACAUCAAAAAUCGGGAAGAGAAUGCUCCAAAAACUACAGCGAUCAUGAGAAAUUACAUUCGUUUUCUGUCUGUAUUUCUGAUUUUAUCGAGAUACGUAACAGCGUUGAUUGACGAGUCAUCAUGCCCAAUUGGAUGGCAAAUCGCCAGCGAUCAAUGUGUUCGUAUUGUGAUUUCUCCGGCAAAUCUGAAACAUGCGAAGAAGAUUUGUCAUCAUGAAAGUGGAGAAUUGAUGGAUACAAGUGUUACAUUACUACUCGACGACGUGAUUGAUAUAUUGAAAAAUUUACAUGAAAAUGGUUUAUACGAACCUACUUUUCAUGUUGGAGGAAUGGGACAAGCACUGAAUAGAACUGAUGAUGGAAACUAUAAAAUAAUAUCUAUCAAUCCAUCAUCUCACUUCCCAUUCAUUUGUUCACUCAACCGAAUGGCUCGUCGUUCACUUCUUUUCCAACAAAAGCUUCUUCCAAUUGGAGCACCCAAAAUCAGUUUGACUGGACAGUCAGAGAUAUAUUUCCAUCCGAGACAAGAUGCUGAUUAUAUUGCAUUGCCGUGUACUGUACAAGGAAAUCCAAAGCCAACUGUUUCAUGGUACAAAAAUGAUGUAGAAGUUCUAAGCCCUUCAAUGUCAAAUGUAUCAUAUCUUCUCUCCGGCGGAAAUCUCCUCGUACCAGCAUCAUCAUCUCUUGCAUAUUCCUCAUUCCACUGUACUGCCAAGAACUCUCUCGGAGAGGUUCGAAGUCCUCCAAUUCUUCUGAAACCAUCCUUCAUCGACCCAUUCCGUCCACAUCGUCUCGACGUAUAUUCCCUUGCAACUGGUGGAGCCAAACUGGAUUGUGAUGCUCCCGCACAUCAACCAAAAUCGCUGACUUUCUCGUGGUUGUAUGGAGCAUCAACGGAUCGGAUAUUGAGUCAAAACGAGCGGAAAUUCAUUUCAUUGGAUGGAACACUUUUCUUUUCUUUUGUCACUUCAGAAGAUGAGGACAGUUAUGCCUGUUCUCUAUCGGUUUAUUCCACACAAUCUGGUCACUACGGACCAUUCUUCCGUCUAAUCUCCUCAACUCCAAAACUAGUCAAUUCAACUUUUCAACCGAAACUCGAUUCUUCUCAACCACAAAUUUUCCCUGAAGAUCCAAAAAUAGGAGAUUCUAUUUAUUUGGAAUGUUUUGCAUAUGCAAAUCCGAUUCCUCAAUAUAAAUGGUCUCGUGUCGAUGGAAAACCUCUUCCACCUCGUUCCCAUAUUUCCAAUUAUGGAAGAGUUUUGAAAAUCGAAAAAGUGAAUUAUGGAGAUGCUGGAAAAUAUAAAUGUGUUGCAACGAAUGCAUUUGGAGCCGCUGCAGGAGAAGUUCAUGUUAAACUCAGAGCACCGCCUUCAAUUCUACAAGAUCUACAUGAUCGUCUCAUUCCAACCGAAUCAAAUGUCAGCUUCGAAUGUCUCUUAUCAAAUGCAGAUAGUUAUUCAUCUGUUGAAUGGUUCAAAGAUGCAAAACCAAUAGUUCCUCUACUUCUUCCUGCUGAAAAACGGAAACGUCUUCGUAUUGAUCAUAACAUUCUUCAUCUUAAAAUGGCCGAUGAAUCAGAUUCUGGAGUUUAUCAAUGCGUUGUUUCGAAUGAUGUCGGAAGUUCGUCGAGUUCUUCCCUCUUAACUGUCAAGGACUCUGCUCCAAUUUUCCCACCAAAUGCCAUGCCACGAAAGGUGUUUGCAGCACUAGGAUCAACUGUCAGUAUUCCAUGUAUAUUCGAAGCUUCACCAAGAUUUCACGGGAAAUGGGCAGAUGCUGGAGGAUCAAGACUGCCGCAAAAAGGAAGAAUUAGAGAUGAGGAUGGAAUAAUGAGUAUUGAGAAAGUAUUACAUGAAGAUGCUGGAUUAUUCUUCUGUACAGCUCAUAAUAAACUGGGAAAAUCGCAUGCUCAAGUUCAAUUGAUUGUGAUGAAUAAACCAUCAAUCAAGACGAAUUAUUUGGAUGAGGAGACAGUGAAUAUGAGUUGUGAAGUUGAAUUAACAUGUGAGAAUAGUGCAGAAUGUCCAGAAGCAUUGUUCGAAUGGAAAAUAAAUGAUCGACCAUCGAAAGAAUAUCCAUCAUUAAAAUCAAAAGUUCAUGAAAAGAAAAGUGGACACAAAGGACGACAUGUGAAACAAAAAGUUGAUUUGGAAGUUCCGAAGAGUCUAGCCGGGAGGAGACAAAUUGGAAGAUUUACAUGUUCAUCACUUUACGGAGGAAGUUCUGAACUUAUUACAAAACCACAACUUCCAUCUCCAAUUGCAUUAACUGUUGAACAGAUGGAUGAAGAUGGAAAACAGAAGAAAAAGUUCCGUUUGAAAUGGAGACUUCCACCUCAACAUAGAGAUACAAGAGAUCAUUCGCCGAAAGUCGAAGGUUAUUUGGUGGAACUUCGAACAAGAAGGAAUAGAAAAUGGAGAGCUGCUGAACGUCAAUUAGUUGGAAAUAUGGAGAAGGAUAGUAUUACUGUAGAGAAUCUUCUUCCAAAUACAGAAUAUCAAUUCCGUGUUCGAUCUGUUGAAUCAGCUGCAAUUGGAGACCCAUCAAUGCCAAGUGACUGGGUGAAAACUGCUCCUGGAGCACCAUCCGAAACUAUUGAUAAUUUGAAAUGGAGGUCAUUGGAUUCCCAGACAAUACUUGUCGAAUGGCAACCAAUUGAACAAGGACAAGAAUCAUCUGGAGAUAAUUUAAGAUAUCGAGUGUCAUGGAGUGAAUCAACUGUUGGAAGAAACGCAACAGAUGAUAUGAAAUCAUUAAACCAAGAUGAUGAUUUCGACAAUCAUUUGGAUUCUGAUCAAUCGCAAGCCAUUUUGAAAUUGAAUACAACGGAGGGAUGCAGAAUGGUAGUUCUGGCAGUCCGCCCAAUAAAUGAUCAAGGAAAUGGAACAGUCAGCACAGAUACUGUUGCUUUUCUGAAUAGUCAAGGAGAAUUGAAGAAAGUGUCAUUGCAUAAUGUGAAACCAAUCAAUGCAUCUCAUGUGAAUAUCUCUUGGAUCUGGGAUACAUCAUCUGAUUGUGAUACGAAACACGCAGUUCAGAUAACAUGUAUUGAUCUGACUCAAUCUGAAAUCUCAGCAACUGUGGCCAGUGAUCGAACAUUCUGGAUGUUAGGAGACCUUGAUGCUGAAACUGCGUAUGAUUGUGAUCUGAAAGCAAUAGAUAAUCAUGGAAAUUUUGGACCAGCGAGCAAGAAGUUCAGAAUUCAUACAAAGCAGCAUCCACCUAAUCAGAUGCCAAUUAUUGGCAAGUUGAUGAUGAAGCAAAUGAAAGACAGCUACACUACUAUUCUGGAAUGGACAGCAAUUGACUUGCAAAAACCGAAUAGAACCGAAAAUGGAUGUGGAUACAAAAUAUUCAUUUACAUUUCUGAGACUGCAACCGAAGCAAUUGAACUCGAUAUGCCAGUUCAACGUCUUUCUGAUCGUCGAAAUCCAUCAGCUCGAUUAGAUGGACUGAAAUUAAUGUAUAUGUAUACAAUUAAAGUGGCUGGAUAUAAUUCUGGAGGCAUUGGACCUGUCAGUGAUUCAAGAAGUAUUCGAUUGGGAUCUCCAGGAUCGAUGGAUUAUACUUCUGGAAGCUCGCUAACAAGCCCUGCUUUUUUGAUUCUAGUUUUCAUGUUUUGGAAUUUGUUUCAUUAA